UCGGGUGCAGGUGCCAAGAGGGCGGGUCCGGGCCAGUUUUCCUGGCCUUCAGCUACGCCCAUCUCCCCUGCUGCUGGGGGUGCCGCGGACCCAGAGGACGGCCUGCUCUGGAAGCCGACCGUGGAGGGAAGUGGAGAAUGGCUCCCUGGAGUGAAAAGAGCGAGUGAAGCGCAGUCUCCCCGGCCCGUGGGGCCCAGGCGGGCGUGAGCGGAGUUCCUCGGAGGAGUUGGCAGAAACGCUUCCAAGUCUCCUUUGUGUUACGUGGAGAAAUGAGAACUGCUGAGAACUUGUGGGUUCUGUAUUAGGUUGCUGAAUUGUACAAGAGAGAAAUUUUUUUGGCUUCUUGGGCAGUGUUAAAGCACAAAGUAUACAGUAAAUGUGUUUGUAAUUAUAUUUGAUUUUCAUUUAAUUUGAAAAUGAGCAAGUGCAGAAAGGUACCAGUUCAGCAGUUAGCAAGUCUUGAGACAUUCAGCCCAGAUGUUCUGGAUGACAUUUUUGAACUCUUUGCCAAGAACUUUUCUUACUGCAAGCCACUUAAUAGUGAGUGGCAGUUACCAGAUCCUAGUGAGAUUUUCAUCUGUGACCACACAGAAUUGAAUGCAUUUCUUGACCUGAAGAACUCCUUAAAUGAAGUAAAAAACCUCUUGAGUGAUAAGAAACUGGAUGAGUGGCAUGAACACACUGCUUUUACUAAUAAAGCAGGAAAAAUAAUUUCUCAUGUGAAAAAAUCUGUGAAUGCUGAACUUUGUACUCAAGCGUGGUGUAAAUUCCAUGAGAUUUUGUGUAGCUUUCCGCUUAUUCCACAGGAGGUCUUUCAGAAUGGCAAACUGAAUUCUCUUCACCUUUGUGAAGCUCCUGGAGCUUUUAUAGCUAGUCUCAACCACUACUUAAAAUCCCAUCAGUUCCCUUGUGAUUGGAGUUGGAUAGCUAAUACUCUGAAUCCAUACAAUGAAGCAAAUGACAAUCUUUCAAUGAUUAUGGAUGACCGACUCAUUGCAAGUACCUUGCAUUGGUGGUACUUUGGACCAGAUAAUACUGGUGAUAUCAUGACCCGUGAAUAUCUGACUGGACUUAAGAAUUUUCUGAGUAGCAUGGCUACCAUUCACUUGAUCACUGCAGAUGGGAGUUUUGAUUGCCAAGGAAACCCAGGUGAACAGGAAGCUUUAGUCUCUUCUUUGCAUUACUGUGAAGUUGUCACUGCUCUGACUACUCUCGGAACUGGUGGCUCUUUUGUUCUAAAAAUGUUUACUUUGUUUGAACAUUGUUCCAUAAACCUGAUGUACUUGUUAAACUGUUCCUUUGACCGAGUCCACGUCUUCAAACCUGCAACAAGCAAGGCAGGAAACUCCGAAGUCUAUGUGGUGUGUCUCCAGUAUAAAGGAAGAGAGGCCAUCCAGCCUGUGUUAUCUAAGAUGGUGCUGAAUUUUGGAACUGAAAUGACCAGCAAAGCUCUCUUUCCCCAUUAUGUGAUUCCUGAAUCUUUUCUUAAAAAGCAUGAAGAGUGUUGUGCUUUUUUUCAUAAAUAUCAGUUAGAGACUAUUUCUGAGAACAUUCGUCUGUUUAAAUGUAUGGAAAAAGAGGAACAAACAAAGUUGAACAAUUUAAGGGAUUGUGCAGUACAGUAUUUUAUGCAAAAAUUUCAACUGAGGCCUCUUUCCAGAAAUAACUGGCUAGUAAAAAAAUACAAUAUUGGUUGUAGUACCAAUACAAAAUGGUUUGGGCAGAGAAACAGAUAUUUUAAAACCUAUAAUGAAAGGAAGAUUCUGGAAACCCUAUCUUGGAAAGAUAAAGUAGCCAAAGGGUACUUUAAUACUUGGGCUGAUGACCAUGCUGUGUAUUAUCCUGGACAAAAUUCUUUUUUAGAAGGGACAGCUUCCAAUCUUGACUGUGACUUAUGGCAUGUUAUAGAAGGCAAGAAACUGCCAAAGGUAAAAUGCUCUCCUUUUUGCGAUGGUGAAAUUGUAAAGGCUCUUAAUGAAGCAAUUGAAAAUUCCUUAGGACCUUUGAACAUGGGUUCCAAGUUGAGACCACAACAGCAGUACUGUUGUUCUUGUCAUAUUUUUUCAGAAGAGCUAUUACUUUCUGAAUUGUUCAGUCUUACCCAGUGCCUUCAAGAUGAGGAGCUUUUGGAACCCAGGAACCAAAUAAAGUGCCUGUUUGUAGGUUUACCAACUCUCCAUGAUGUCAGAAAGCAUAUACCACUGGAAGUUCAAAUCCUGGAAUGUGCUGAACUCUCAGCUUUUAGCUGUUCACUGCUUCAUGACGGAGACCCGCAUUACCAGCAUUUGUUUUUGGACUGCCUUCUACAUUCAUUACAGCAGCUUCAUAGAGGAGAUGUUAUGAUUUUGCCUGUGCUCUCAUGUUUAACAAGAUUUAUGGCUGGCUUGAUCUUUAUACUCCACAGUUGUUUUAGAUUCAUCACAUUUUCUUGUCCCGUGUCUUCUGAGUCCCUGAGGACCUGUGCAGUCCUACUAUGCGUUGGUUAUCAGAACCUUCCAAAUCCAGCUUUCCAAUAUCUGCAGAACAUGAAUGAAUUGUUGAGUACUUUACUGAACUCUAAUGCGCCCCAGCAGGUUUUACAGUUUGUACCAAUGGAGUUGCUCCUAAGAGGAGCACUACUUGAUUUUUUGUGGGAUUUGAAUGGUGCCAUUGCUAAAAGGCAUUUACAUUUGAUUAUUCAAGGAGAGAGAGAAAAAAUCAACUUUCUGCUAUGAAAUUCAUCCUUUCUAAGAUUCAAUUUUUUAUGACUGAUAGUUUCCAGUCUUAUUGCAUAUUUGCUGUGUUAAUUUAAUGCCUUUCAUUUUGAGGAAAGGUGAAAUUUUGAUCAACAUUUAUUCUGGAAAACUUACCAGCUAGUUCUGAUUUCUACGAUACAUAUAAUAGCCAUAGGCAUAGAAUUAGUGUAUGCAGUAAUGUAUUGAGCCUCUGUGUGUGUGUGUGUGUGUGUGUGUGUGAGAGAGAGAGAGAGAGAGAGAGAGAGUGUGUGAGUGCUUGGAGUGGAUACAUUUAUGCUUGCAUAUAUAAUUCAGUUGAUCCUAUUUAUCUAUUUAAACUUUGCACCUGUGUGCCUUUAUUUACUUUUUUUCAACCAGUUUUCUCUGGCUGAUGCUGUUAAUGAAUUGAUAAGAGGGUCAUUCAUGAAAGGAAGUGAGUCUGUCCUUACUAGGUUUUUCUGUAGCACUUGCUGUGUCAGUUACAGAUUUCAGGGAGCUCAUCCUCAAGACUAUACAUGCCAUUCACUGCCUUUGACCAUUGUCCCAGUAUUCUCUUAUAUUUCACAUUAAAUAUGUGCUGUUUUAUGACUUUUACUAGCUAUACCCAUCCAGUUAGAAAACAGGCAGCUUCAAACCAAAGAUCAUCCUUCCCCCCCCCCAUCAUUCUUAAAGCAAUGGAAAAAUUAUGUCUAGUAUACUCCUGUAUCAUGAAAAGCUUCAUUUAGCCAUGCUGUGGUAAUUUUUAAUUUUUAGGAAAUAAUCACUGAAUCUAAAGGUUUUUUUUAAUGUUUUAAGUUUUCACUUAACAGUCUCAUAUUGACAUAUGAAUGUGAUGAACAUAGUAAAUUUUUUUUUUUUUCUUUUUGGCAGAACUGGGGAUGGAAGUCAAGCCCUUGUGCUUGCCAGGGAAGUGCUUAUUCCACUGAGCCAUCUCCCUGGCCCCAACAUAGUAAAUAUUGAAAAACAAUACUAUCGGGAUGAUGAUUCAACAUUCAAGUUUUUAGUCUUUACUAAUGUUUUAGUAUAAAAAUAGCACUUUACCAAGAGAUUAGGUAUGAAAUAGUUAUUUUAUCAGUUAUAUUUGAUUUCUUUUGAAUUGUAUUUAACCAUAUAAUAAACAUUUCUGUCAAACUGUAUUAAAUAAUUCUUUGUUACCUACCUUUAUUAUUCCACAGAGUAGGGUUUAUAUUCUCAAAUGUCCAUUUUUAGAUAUUUUUGUUAUAUGGAUUGUACAAGUAUUCUUUGGUAUAUUUAGUUGGUAAAUCUGAAAACUUUUCAUGUUCUUUGCUGUUUUGAAUUCUAUUAUAGAUUCAUGAAUAAAGUCUUUAGCAGAAAAAUUUUGUGCUCAUCUUUUCUUAAAAUCAUGAGAGAAGUUAAAAUAUAACUUGGAAACAUGCUUUUUAAAAGAUUUGAGUGAAAGUGACUUUCUUCAUUUCCUUUGAUUUGUAUUCAUUAAAAUUGAUUCCUUAAUAUUGUAAUAUUUAUGCAAUACUGGAAUAUUUAUGGGAGACGUACUUUACAAGAGACAUUAAGUACUUGAGCUGGGAAUGGGAGUGUGUGGAGGCCUAGAGGUAGAAUUUUUAAAAAAUUAAUUUCCUGUUAGGGAUUUUAUAGAAGUAGUUCUAGUUAGAUGAGGGUGGAAGGCUCAUGGAAAUGGUUACCAAAAGAAAGAAAGU